AAGUGGUGCCGUCCGACAACUAGCAUUCGGUGGCUGCCACCUCCUCGUACGCGUAUGGCGUACCACGGUACCAGUCUCAGUCAGUCUCUCGCUCGGUGUUGGUGUGUGUGCAUAUAACGAGAGAGGAGGAACAGAACCUUCACAGCACUGCAAGCCCGCUCAAGCAUCCCGGAACCAAGGUCAGAAAGGAACACAAAGGAGAAGCAUCAUGAGUAAGACCUUUGCCUACGUGGUGGCGGCGGUGGUGUGCAUUGGGAUCGGCGCGCUGGUGGCCGGCCUGUGUGUCUACUAUGCCCACCCCGACCUCAUGACAUCACAGCAGUCCUCCGAGAGUCGAUACGCCCGGUGUGUGCUACAGGACACCCCUGUCGGAGGCUCAGUGAGCGGCACGCUGACCCUGGAGCAGCUCCGACCCACCUCACCCGUCCUCAUCAACGGCGUUAUCUAUGGACUGACGGAAGGGCUGCAUGGCUUCCACGUGCAUGAGUGGGGCGUGGAUGGCUCAGAGAACAACUGCACUGACGCCGGCGGCCACUACAACCCCAUGGGCAACAAACACUCCGCCCCUAACGCCACGGAGCGCCACGUCGGGGAUCUGGGCAACGUGAGGUCUGUCCAGCUCGACGCAUUUGGGAGGACAGCCACCAACACCAGCAUAGUUGACAACGUUCUUAGCCUGUGGGGCCAGUACUCCAUCGUGGGCCGCGCCAUCGUCGUGCAUGCAGGCGAGGACGAUCUUGGCCUCGGCAACAACGACGGCUCGCUCAAGACCGGGAACGCCGGCGGGAGGGUCGCCUGCUGCACCAUCUACCUCACCAGCAAACCCGCGAACUAACAGACCUUCCAGACAGGCCGCACACACCUCAGCAAGUCCGUGACGGGUGCUGCUCGCUGUUUGGCGGUCUCUGCUCACCGAUGCCUGAAUAGAAGAAAAAAUGAAAUUAUGAAAUGUACAUUGUAGAUGAAAUAACUCCCUCCGUACCUUCAUUUCGAAAACGUCCGUCGAUGUACGGGACACGUGACUGCCAAGUCAUUGCUGUCAGUUAUGAAUUUGAGGAAAUAGAUGAAUGAUUGCGUUUUAUGGACAUUCAGUGAAUUUGUUUUUAUUGUUUUAUAACUUUCAAUGUCCUUAUGCUUUUACCAAAGUCAGUGUGCCUGUCCAAUGCAUUUUGUGUAUAAAAUCGAUGUGUACCAGUUUAUUUUUUAUGUUAUUUUGGAUCAAAUAUCUUGAGAGGAUGAC